AUGCGGCUGCAUCCACUCUGGGCCGCCGUCGGCCUGUUCCUUUCCGCCUUCCCGUUAUUCUACCUCUUGAACACCGUAGCCGCCUUGCAGAGCCCUUUGAUGACUGCAGUUCUCGGCAUUAUUAUUCUGUCGCCUUUGUUUGUUCUGAUUUAUCUCCCAAAUCGCUCCUACGAGGACCCUCUUUUAUACGUGUUCAUGGUCCUUUGCUUCAUUGCUGGAACUGACGCCGUGAUCGCUUUGGAGAAAGACGGCUACACCAGCCACUUUGCAGAUUUCUACAUCAGAGAGGGUGAGCUGUAUCUGGGCACAGCAUACGGCAUCAUGAUCUCCUACUGGCAUGCUGUGGUGAACUUCGCCAUGUAUCUCGUCAUGAUUGCAGCCAUUGUUCAAAGAAAGAGUUAUCGGACUGUUGGUCUCUAUUGGACAGGAUCCUUCAUCAUGACACUUGUGGUCUUCCUGCUGGGCAAUGUGAUUGGGAAAUACAGCUCUGAGAUCCGACCAACCUUUCUGUUCAGCCUUCUUUACCUCAUCAUACCCAUCUGGGCAGCCAAAACAUUCUUUGCCCAGCCCAAGACCUGCUCUUUGCCAACAGCUGAUCAGGUUGCAGAAGAGCAAAAGAAGAAUCUGCUCCAGCGCCGUAUGGAUUUGGGAUUGGUAGGAUUUCUCCUUUUGGCUGUGGUCUACACACUCUUCCGAGGAUUGGUUGUUCUGGACUGCCGAGCUGAUUCCUGCUUUGAUUACGUUUAUCAGCAAGAACCGUACCUGCGAGAUCCAGUGGCCUAUCCCAAGAUUCAGAUGUUGGUGUAUCUAUUUUAUGUCCUGCCGUAUUUCUGCAUCUGCAUCUACGGAUUACUCGUUCCUGGAUGCACAUGGAUGGGGGACUGGGCCUUGGUUUUUGCUGGUGCUAUUGGACAGGCUCAGUUUUCCCACAUUGCUGCUUCUAUUCACCAUCGCACUCCGUUUCCGUACCGCAUCCCAGAAAGAGAGUGGUGGUUUGUUGUCCUGUGCAAUGUAGCCUAUGCGGUGGGCCCACAACUCUUAGCUUACCGCUGUCUCUACAAACCUGCCUUUUUCUGUACCCCGGUUUCCCAGUCCAAAGACAAGAAGAACCAGUGA